AUGGCAAGACAAGUGAAAAGGAAGAGUCAUUCCAAAUCUCAUCAUACCUCUUCUUCAUCUAACCAUUCUAACAAUGAUGAUUCUGAACAUAAAAGACCAAAAUUAAAACAUGGUAGAAAUGAAGUAAGAAAUGUAACUAGAACUGCGAGAAGAGGUUAUGGUUAUAAUGAAGAUAAUGAACAGAAUGAAAAUGAAGAAGGGAAAGAAGUAGAAGAAGAAGAAGAGAGUGAAGAAGAAGCUGGUAAUGAUGAAGAUUUUGAUGAAGAUCGUGGAAAGGCUUAUGAUGCUCUUUUAACCUUAUUAAAAUCAGAUCAUAAGGAACCAAAAAUAUCGAAAUCAAAAAAGUUUGACAAAGAUAUCACUGAUGAUGUUAAUGAUGAUGAAUUGGAAGAUGAAGAUGAAGAUGAAGAUGAAAAUGAAAUUGUGGGAGUCAAUAUAGAUGAGAAUGAUGUUGAUGAGGAAGAUGAUGAUGAAGUAGACUCUGAUGAUGAAGAAGAAGUUACAUCAGGUCUUGCAAGUGAUCCAUUUGAAGUUCAUUUCAAUCAAGUAACUGAAUCAUAUAUGGAAUCCCAAGAAAAGAUCAUCAUUAAAGAAAAACAAAAAUGGAUAAUAGAUGGAAAGGAUAAAUAUGAUAAUUAUUCAUCAAUAACACAAAUUCCACCUGGAAAACCUAUCACCUUAAUUAAUGAAAAGAAAUCAUUUAAUGAUAUUAAUGAAUUAUCCAUCAAAAAGAGAUUAAUAGAUGCAUUUGAUUACAAAGAAAAUCUUUCUGAUUUAGAUGAGAUUUUAUUAUCUAAUAUGAUCAAUUAUAAAGAUAUUAAUUUCCCUUAUCAAUCAUUUAAAAACACAUCUUAUAGAAAAUUAUACACUUUACAUGCAUUAAAUCAUAUUUUUAAAACCAGAGAUAGAAUUAUUAAAAAUACCACUAAAUUACAUACAUAUAGAGAAGCCAUAAAGAAUGGGGAAAAGUCUAAUGAUGAUAAUGAAGAACCUGAAUUUAGAGAUCAAGGGUUUACCAGACCAAAAGUUCUUAUAUUAUUACCUACAAGACAAGCAUGUCAUGAAAUAGUUGAAAUGUUAAUUAAAUAUUCCGGAUCUGAACAACAAGAAAAUAAAAAGAAAUUUACAGGACAAUUCCAUUCCAAAGAUCAACCACCAUCAUCUAAACCUGCAGAUUUUAUUGAUACUUUCAAAGGAAAUAAUAAUGAUUUCUUUUGUAUGGGAUUGAAAUUCACUAGAAAAACCAUUAAAUUAUAUUCAUCGUUUUAUUCAUCUGAUAUAAUAUUAGCAUCACCCAUUGGAUUAUCAAUGAUUUUAGAAAAUGAUGAUAAAAAGAAAAGACAAUAUGAUUUCAUAUCAUCUAUUGAAGUCUUAAUUGUCGAUAAAGCUAAUCAAAUUGAAAUGCAAAAUUGGGAUCAUAUCACUACCAUUUUAAAAUAUUUAAAUAAAAUUCCUAAAGAUUUUCAUGAUGCUGAUUUUUCAAGAAUUAGAAUGUGGUCAAUAAAUGAUCAAAGUAAAUUAUUAAGACAAAAUCUUAUCUUUAGUGAAUAUUUAACUCCCAAUAUUAAUAAUUUAACUACUACAAAAUCAUUAAAUUUGAGUGGGAAAUUAAAAUUCAAACCGAUUAUAAGUCAACAGAAUUGUAUUAUGAAUUCGAUUGGGAUUAAAAUCAAACAAAUUUUUCAGCGAUUUGAAAGUUCAAAUCCUAUGGAAGAUCCUGAUGCUAGAUUUAAAUUCUUUAUAAAUUCAGUAUUACCAUCCUUAAUUAAAUCAUCAUCAUAUUCUGAUGGGAUUUUGAUUUAUAUCCCUUCAUAUUUCGAUUAUAUUCGAAUUAAAAAUCAUAUGAAAUCAAAUACAAAGUUCUUAUUUGAUGGUAUUGAUGAAUAUACUGCUCAAUCUAAAUUAACUAAGAUAAGACAAAAUUUCCAAUCGGGUAAAAUAAAGAUUUUAUUAUAUACUGAAAGAUUACAUUAUUUUAGAAGAUAUGAAUUGAAUGGAGUUAAAACGAUUUUAAUUUAUCAAUUACCUUCCAAUCCUGUAUUUUAUAAAGAAUUAGUUAAAUUCUUAGCCAAGUCUAUCUUCAAAGAAGUGUGUGAUUUGAAUUUAGUGUUUGUUAAGACUAUGUUUUCUAAAUGGGAUGGUCAAUUAUUAGAAAGAGUUAUUGGUAAUGAUAGAGCUCCAGUGUUAGCAAACUCUCCUAAUGAAAUGUAUGAAUUUAGAUAA